AUGGGACCACGACUUUAUGUUUGUAGUGGAGAACGACCGCAUAUGCCGAGGUCUGCGGUCUCCGUCGGCGUAGGUGGGCGCGUCUCAGCGAAGGCGAUGCGGGGACCCACCCCGGCAGCAGCUGUCCAACGGCGUACCAGGCAGAGCCUCGUCUCGACGACGCCGGCGCAACGUUUCAUCCGACCAAACGUCCAGCGGAGCCCGCAGUACACUGUGCACGCGGCACAAGCGCACAGCGCCCUCACCUGGUUUAGCCCGCCGGUCGAGGCGGUUGCCCGGGGUGUGGCCGCUGAGCAGAGCCCAGCUACGUGGAGCCACAGGUGAGAGUUGGGUGCCAGCAAUGGACGCUAGGCGUAGUCUCACCUGCAAGCAAGUGAGCGACCACUACGACCUUCACGUGAACCCACCACUGGACACCCCUACACCCCACACACACACACACACACACACACACACACACACACACACACACACACACACACACACACACACACUUGUUUUUGUCGCUCUUUCUUCCCGAACACCAAAGACAGCUUUUGGCUGAUCGUCGUAACUGUGUAGCUCGUCACGCCAAGUUUGUUCACUGUCUGUGCGAGUCUUGCCGGACACGCCAGUCUUCAGCCCGAUCGACUGGCGCACGGGCGUACACAAGCGUCUAGCCAACCGCAGUCGUCAUCACCUUUUGUAAUACGACAAAUAAUUUGAACACAAGCUACGUGAAACUAUCCCACAAACUCAUACAAGCAACUGACAUCAUCGACUGUCUCCUUCACUUAACACGGAUUGGAUGCCGUUAGCACAUAUUAUGACAUCUCUGCCCAGAACAGCAGUUCAGAGUUUUGUACAAAAUAAAUUCCACACUCUAGUAUCCUCCGUUUCCGCCUGCUAGAGGGGAAUCGGUCUGGUCAUUGCGGUGGACAUGGCAUACCUAACGCCUUAAUUGCUGCGUACAUGCUCAUUAGGUACCACCAACCAUGCCGGUACAUCUCGUCUGGAACUGAGUCUGCACCCUACACUGGACAUCUGCUGUAUGGCUCCGAUCGUCGCCUGCAGGUAGGUUUGGCAACAGAGGUCAUCGUUGGUCCCUACCCUUUCUGAAGUUUAUUGGCGACUUCCUUACAUGUUAUAGAUGGGCAGCAGAGGAGGCGUCUACAGUGCUCAACCAAACACUCCAAAUUAACAAUUUCUCAGCCAGAGGAAUUGUCAUCUGAGCUGACCUGCAGGGUAGUUUCGGUGACUUGAGGGCCGUAGGCUGUCAUGGUGGUCACAGAGAAGUUGCCUGUUUCUUCUCGGCCAUCGAUAGACAGUCGACUAUUCCGUUUAAUUCUCACUCUUCUUCGUAAAAGGCAACGGGAUUGGAAGUCUGAGGCCUUGUUCUGCGUCUGUUUGUUCUUGACCAUCAGCCAGUUCAUUUCUUCAUCGUGGACAGCGAGCGGCCCUAGUGCUUUUGAACUGCUGAUCCUAUGACUGUAGCAGUUGUAGAUACCGCUCCACAGAAUCUGCUGGUCGGACUCAGCGUCUUUAUCAAACAAGGUUUGGAUGACGCGCGUAUUGGUGUUCAUCGUGUUAUGGAGUUGAUUUAUUGGUAUUAUCAGAAAUCUGCUAAGAGCGCUUCUGUGAACAUAUCAAGACUUUGCCAGCUGUAAAUUUAAUAAUUCUAACCCGCAAAGGAAGAUUUUUCACUUUAACUGCUGUUAUUCUAAGCACCAGCAAGACCCUCUCAAGGGCACAUCUGAUAUCUACGGAAUGAUUUGGUGUUAUUAGUUCGAAUUCUCAUACUCAAUCUGGUUACCCGAUGUCCUCCGCAGGCCGUCUUUGAGAUUUUAGCGUCAAAGUCGAAAUACACAUUUCGUCACACCACAGCCACACCAUGAAGAGCAAUGUCGGAUCCUAAUUUGUAGCCGCACCUGCAUUAGGCAAGCCCCAGGCGCCUGUCAUACAGGACCGGUGGUAAUAGGGGGUUUAACACUAUCCCCAACCCUAACCCCUAGCCCCUUACUCUGGCUCGCAACCCACAACCCUACCCCCUAAACCCUAACCCUAGCCCCUAACAGGUGCGGCUAAGAAACAAGGUCCUGCCAAGGGCAAUUCCCAAUGCAGUCUUUUAAAAAAAUUCGAAAUCGUAGCAAACAUGCUGUUUUCUCAUGCUUUCCUGUAAUACAUAAUCAAAAAUAUGCUGAUAGAGCCCGGUCAAAAUGUUUAACCAAGGCCAUUCAAUCUUUCUUCCUUGAAUACAGACAAACAGGCUGGUUCCGAUCUCUUGUUGCAAAGAAGAAUAUGCGGUCACCGUAACAACAAUAUCAUUCGCCCAACCUUUUAGAAUUAUACGCGUUCCCACCUUUAAAAACCAUGGAAUGCCAGUAACAAAUAUGCACUCUUGUAGACUGACAACGCGGAGAGGAAAGGGCGUGUGUCCUUGGUUGAGGGUGGAGUCACGCUGCCUGCCAAAAAUGUUCUCAAGAUUCGGCACCUGUGUGUCCUUGGCUGGAAACUGCGCCGCACCAUGGGGCCGUCUGAGUAUAACGCGUGAUAGCGUAGGGGGUAUUGUAGAGUCUGUUUGUGGAAUUGCUAUCAUAAGUCGAAGUCUCCAGUCUAUGCUUCUUGCCCUGUCUUAUUGACAGCCAGCGCUAUUAUCCGUGUUACAGCUAAACCCUGUUCAUCGCCUUCCCCUAGGCGUGGGUAUCGACUUCUGACACCGGGGCGCUUCUCCCGACGGACGGUUUAUACUCGCAUACUCGAGACCUCAUUCAUCGUUCUGUUUGACCUUUAUGAUGUAGGAACAGUAGUGGCAUGGAAAUCUGAUAAACUACAACAUGUAUCGCACCUGCGUCCAGCUGGUUCUUCACCCGCAUGAAUCUGCUAUGCAUGGUAGCUUUCGGGCGAGGAGUUAUACCCACUCCAAACUCUGUGGCAGCGCGCACUCUGGCCUGUGAUAUGUUCUUACUAUACGGUAGAGCGGGCCAGGGUGUGGGCGGUGUGACAUCCACUCCCUCAGCCGAACGUCAUCGGCCGACGCACUGGCCGCCGUGGCUUGUUACCCCCGACCUUUCACCCUCCGUGCACACGACCCCAAGACCCAUCUUAUGCAACAACUACUCACAUGACCAAAAUUGGGUUAAUCACUUGCUCAUGCUGGUGGGUUCAUGUCAUACCCACGUGCACAACACCACUCCGCCACUCACGCGCUCUUGGGCGGACGUCUUCUUCUGAUCCGCAAGCAAAUUGCCAGCUUACAGCAACCUGCCCUGCGCACAAAAUAAAUCGCCUCCCACCAGUUUCUGAAUUCUGUCAUAAAACGCGACGAACUUUCUGCGUGUGGUUUGAGUUGAUCUAAUGUGCUUUCAAUUCCAUAACGAAUCUAUCUUGUUUUUCCCUCGUGAGCGCGUACGAAAGCAGCGAUAAAUGAAGUUGUCCAGGUAGUCCUUCCUUCCUAAUCGACUUUUUCACAAUCUCUCAAAGUGAUUAGCGGUAGGAGUUUGAAGGCUCAGGCUAGUGCGAAUUUUCUUAUCGCGAUUGUAUUUUCCUUUUUUGAAAUAUUUCGCUCCCUUCUAUUGGUAGGUCAAUAACGAAAGUCAAUUGUUCAAAUCUGUAUAUCGGUAGUGUCUCCUUACGACAGCGAUAAUACCCCAGGUCGGUUGGCUAUUUACCAGACGUAUAGUUGGGAGGACCGGACUCAGCGAGAGGUAAACUUCCCUCUAACCCUCUAUAAAAAUAUCCAGGAGCAUUGAUAACUUGCUGCAGUACAGGUUAUCCAGUUCUCCUACGGGCUUCAGGAAAGUUUAGUUCCCCAAACCAUUUGGACAAGAUCACAUAUUCUUUCAUACAUUCUACUGCCAAAUAUAAGUCACUGACCACUCGCUGCCUCCUACUGAACAGACAAGUCUGUUUGAUUUCCCGAGCAUUUCACACGGCAGUUGCUGGAGGCCUAUGGUAUCGACACAAACAAUUGAUGUUACUCAAUCCUUUGAUUUCUUUUAUCUCUCGGCGUCUGCAUCCGCUCAUCCGGAAAACGCUAAAUGAAGUUGCAGUAAGUUUUAAAGAGCGGAUUAGUAUCACCACAUAAAAUAUAUAAUUAGAUAUGGCCUCGUUAAUUUAUUCUUACGCCAUCAGCAGACCAGAGUCCCUUCGUCGGCCGUGGCUCCUUUUACGGGGCUUUUCAUUGCUUUCACGCAUAUUCUGGAUCUAAACUUCCUGAACCAUCCUCCAACAGUGCUAAAGUGCCUUGCAGCUUUUGCACCCUUCGCAUUGGUUAAAGAAAGAGGGAUGCCUACCUUCUUUAUUUCACAAAGCACGAUCAUGAUAGAUUCCAAGUAAUCAGAUUUAUUACAGGAAUGCGCUGAUUUGCCGUGGGGACGGAGUCGCCAGAGUCGAUCACACUCUUUUCCCUCUCCCGUACACCAGUCAAAUGUCCGGACCUGUCGGCCGUCUGGUGUCAGGAUUUGGCGCAGAGGUUGACAGAGCUGCGACAUCCCAUCUACAUGCUCCGCGCACGAUCUAAUUAGGUACCAGGUUAUGCCAAGGAGAAAGCUUCCAAUGUACAUGGAAAGUACCUACUCUUUGUCUAUGGUAGGUUGUGUGGGAUGCGUUUGAGUGUGAUGUAGGAGCAGAGGGGGGGGGAGGAAAGAGGAGAGUGUGCGGUGUUAGGAUUUAGUCUACGGGCUUUUAUCUCGGAUUUGUACGAAGGUGCGUUCGGCUGAAUAGACCCAUGCGGCGACUGAAUGUGCCUGAGACACAUCGGCAGUAAAGGUGGGUGGGGCAGGUGCAUUUUUAUACUCCCGACACUAGUUUGCUAGUCUCAGGACGAUGAAUUCGCAAAUGACUGACCCGGUCGAUGCGUGGUGUAAAGGUGUGAUCGCAAUUUGGACAGAUUGGAAUCGUGUCCACAUUGCUGGCAGUGGAGGCGAUGAUGAUGGUGGUGACGAGUGACACAACGUCGAUAGUGUUCUCACCGAUGGUGGAAGUGGCAUUACUGGCAGUCAUCAGCGCCUACCUAUCGAGGGUUGUGCCAAUGAUGGUGGAAGUGAUGGAGAUGAGGUAGACAGCAGCAACUGCGGGGUGACAAGGGUUUGCCCACCGGUGGCGGUCUUCGUCGUUUGUGUUGGGCAUUGCGAUAGGCAGUGACCGUAAAGGCGUCUCCAGAGGCUGUAGAGCUUGUUGUCGCUUUAGUGUUGCGUUGGAUACGGAGAUGUCCCACAAGACCGAUCCGCGCGCUGAAUGUCCGUUGACAACGUGAACAUGAUGGUAGGGGUUGGGUGCUUAGGUUGUGGUUUGCGGUGCUUAGAAAUUGGGCGCAGCUCUUUUGGUUAUUAGAGCAAUGCUUCCGUCAGCUUCGUAGACUACUGCCCCAGUCUUCACUGUCGUACUCGAGGCCAGUCAAGCAUGGGCAGUGUUCUCCAGGUUACCAGACUGAUUUAUAGGUUUUUGAGGCAGGUCCGAAAGGUGUCUCUUUAGCGUCGCUUUCGUCCUUUUUGUCUGCGAGCAUCCGUAGCAUCGUCUUCAUCGGAGAGUCGUCUGGAUAGGCGCCCAUCAUCCAUUCUCGCGAGGUGGUCGUCCCAGCGUAGUUGUAGUUGUCCCAGCAUGGCAUGAAUGCUUAGACUUUAGCUCCGGGUCUUCCAUGACGGUAAUCCUAUCCCGCUACCCAAGUCUUAGUGUUCUCCACAGAGAGCUGAUGUGAAAUUGAUUGAGCAUCUUGGCUUGGUUAGUGUAGACGGUCCAUGUCCCACCGCAUGCAACAGCAUUGUCAGGACUACUACCUUGUAUAAUAUUGACUAGAAACCCGCAGCGAUUCCUAAUUGAGCUCUGCAACCAAUCAAAGGCCUAACUGGCUUCAGAGGUUCGGGUCUCUAUCGCGUCAUGGAUGUCGGCAGUAUGUCCGGUGGUACAGUCCAGAUAGGUGAAGUUGUCUACUGAUGCGAGUCUGGUUCCAUUCUCGUUGAUCCUGGGCGUAGUAUCUACCUCCGCUAGUGUUGGUUGGUGCAUAACCACCGUCUUGUUUGUGUUGAUGUUCGGACUGAAGUUUACGCAACCGGAGGCCAACGUUCCCAUGAAUAUGUGCGUGACUGCUUUUGUUGUGGCGUCAGGUGCACAGUCGUCUGAAAAUAGGAGUUCAUGAGCAGUAGUUGUUGAUGUUCACGUGGAUGCUUACAUGCGUCGGACGUUGAGUAGUUGGCCGUCUGUCCCGUAGACGCCACUGAUCCCAAGACAUUCUCCACUCAAAGCGUCCAUCAGCACGAAAGAGAACAUGAGGCUGAAGGGGUUGGGAACGAGUACACAGGCGCUCCCCACUCCAUUGACCUCUGCGAACGACUAUGAGACUUCCUUAUUUUCCGCGACGCGCACCAUAAUGUCGUCUUGGAUCUGCCGCACCGUGCGAUUGAAGCGUUCCGGACACCUGAGCUCAAUAUGACACUCUGGAGUCCGUAGCGGUUCCCGAUGUCAGAAGCUUUUGUCAGUUACAUGAAACUAGUUUAGAGAUCGCUGUACAUUUUUCAGCACUUCUCCUGAUGAUGGAUUUGAGUAAGAGUCCGAAACGUCAGACCACUAAAGCUUUUGUUCCAUCGAUUGUGCCUCCUUCUAUGUGACUUCUCCUGUUGUUGUCAGGCUGCAAAGAUCGUGUCGAUGGUGCCGCGCUUCCGUCGAAGCCCACAUUGGCUUUCGGGGAGCAGUCUUUAUUCGAAGUGGCUGUUGAGACGACUGAGGAUGCGGACAAAGAUCGUUCAGGCGACACUGAGCGGCGGGAUUCCAAUGCAGUUUUUCCUAGGUCUCACGGUUGUCCUUGCGCUUUUACAUGUAAACAAUGGUGACGUCUCCGGAGUCCUCACCGCCACAUUCCCCAGAAAAGUGGCGCGAGUUUGUUCAUCAGUCGGGGGCCCGCAUGCUUGUAGUCUUUGGCCGUUUCUAUGUCACCAUAUGUCAGCCAAAAUUACCAGCUUCCGCAUUUACAGAUGACACUCGCACCUGAUGUGAGGAUAGCCCGGUCGCCAGCGUUAGAAUCCUCAGUGGCCUCAUGUUUUUCGCCGAGUUUGCUGAUUGGCGUGACAUUUAAUCAGCCAUCUAGCUGGUAAUUACUGUCCCUUUAGAAUUGUAUGCGUUUGCUAUACCAUGAUUCAGCAAACUAUGGCCCUCGCAGCCUAGUGUGCUCUGGCCACUAGAUCCCUGAUGGCAGGUGCGCUUGCGCUCUCGUUCGGUAUACAGGCCGUUUGCAUGGUUGCCCAGUAACUUGUGUCAUCCGCUUUCGUUGUUGGUUAAAAUACUGGUCAAGUGGUUGUUGCAUACCAGGGGGGAAGUGGUGCGCCUAGGUGCGGGUCCGGUCGUGCCAGCCGCCUGCGCCCUCCCCCGCCUCUGGUCUUCUUGACUCUGUCUUGACCCGGGUUCAGGUGAGGGAGUAGGAGGAUGGGAUGUGGUAGGUGCUGCUCAAGUUUACUCUCACUAAAAACUAACUCACGCAUAAGUCGCCGUGCCAUAGUCGGUAACGAUGGUCGAACUGUCAAUGACCGUCACUUGAAAGAGUACUCACCCGUGCGCAUCUCGAUUGGCUGAAUAAUCUUAAUAAGCAAGAUCUUCACACUGAAGUAUGAUGCGUGGAGUGUGAAAUCAUUGCAGGCUGGAGAACCAUGACUCCAGCAGCUGGCGUCUCAUACGACUGUCAACUCUUGCCAAGAUUUUUCCUAGUCGAACUGGAAAUUAUGUCUGGAUUGCGUCACACGGUUAAACAUUGCCUCCAGUGUUAGUAAUGGAAAGACAAAUUGUUAUGUAAUUCUCACCACUACCGGUGAUAAAAUAUAAGCAACUAACAGCCUGCAUCUGGGCAAACAAGCCACCAUCGCACCAAGUAAGGACAUCUGUAGUGAAUGGGGAUGCUUCGAAGUUGUUAUGUGUAUAUAAAUGUAGCGAAUGCGUCUCAUAAAAACGACACCCCAGAUGCGUAUCAAUUUCUUUGUUUAUUGCCGUUCCUGCUGAUGGGUUCGGCAGAUAACAAGAAAAGUCAGGUAAAUAAAUUAAUUGUUUGAGAAAUCGAACCACCCCCGUGUCACAUAGGCCUUUUCUGCUAAGUCGGCACGUGCUGAUAUGAUCCGACUUAUGCACUCGGCGAGUUGUUUAUUCUAUCUAGGCUUCACCGCCGAAACUCGAAUGACAUAUGACGCUAAGAUGUGAGUUAGAUAAAGUACUUUUAGGAACAGUGUCAUACCCGAAUGUGGCGCCUAGUUCCAUUUGAAUUUGAAUUGUCUGGCUCUCGUCUAGAUAUACGGGCUUCAUUUUGCAGUGAGUAAUUGAGUUCUCUACAAAUAUGCAAGUUUUCGCCAUUUUCACACCACUGUUUGCAUCCUCUACGUAUGACACCUUGAAGUCUAGCAGAUAACUUACUAAUUACGCUACCGCUCGAACAAGUAAUAAGCAGCAGUGGUAAAAUUUUUCUGUUGUGUUCUGUGAUUGCAAUUUCGAGUUGGUUAGCAAGUAAAGUCAGCGGAAGCCAUUAUUUCUAGUACACUACUAAGGUACAUUUAGCGGGCAGGGGAGUUUAUGGCGUGAGUAUGCCUAAAUCUCAAGCGGUAUACGGUAACGGAGCGUCGCUCACUUUUUAGGGUUGAUAAGGGUGUCCCACGGUAACCUGCUAAGUCUAACUGUACGAAGCGCAGUCCCAUACUAAUGAACUCCUGUUAGUGGCGCAGAAUAAACGAGCUCACCCAUCGAACACGUCAAAUUCUUAAUGAAAUAGAAACUCUUACUCCUUUUAUCCAUCCCUAAUCCGUCGCAUGACUGUUAUUUCUCCAGCCAUGUGUUUUGUGAUACAUUUUCUAACAUCAUCCAGAAAAGGGCCUGAUAUUUUCGUAAGUAGACAGGGUUUCGCGCAUACGACUUGAUGUCAGAUUAAUGUCAGCGACUCUAAAUUAAUGACGAAGGCGUGGAUAACCAGCACUUUACAAAUUAUGAUUAUAAUGUGAAAGCAGCUGAAAUAGACAGCGCCGGCCUUUUGUCCUGCGUUUCGCAGUCUCUUCUCGUCGCGUUCAAUCUAACACCAUGGGACCUUUCUACAGCUGGCAACCGGUUUUAAACAUGCUCAUACCCCUGUAUAUACGGCCUUCUUCGGGAUUGCAUUUGACUAAAAUAGGUCAGAUUAGCUCUCGUAGCCUGGAUCAUUAUUAGUGUCCUGCUUUGACAUCCAACACCAGAGGACGUAAAGCUAGACUGGUGUUGCGUUCAAAUUAACUGACAAUAGUAAGUGCCUGUGAAGGCUACAGCUUGAGCCCUAAGGCACAUUCUGUAAACAGAUCGGUUACCGGCUCCUCACACUAGCCAACACUCCCAAACCCAUCCGUACGGACAACGGGCAAGGGGAUUACUGGUAGAACACUCAAUUUUACUCUUAAUGACCAACAAAUCUAGGCUCUAGUCCCGGGCUAAUAAAAACCCGCAAUAAGAGGUGCACAAUAAGCCAAAAGUGGCCAUCUCACCCUCCCUUGUCUUUGCCGGUAUUUACUAUGCAAGGUGCUUAUCACCUCGUGGUGUUAUUAGCUACAUCUGAAAAUAUAAAGUGCAUUUGCGCACCCAUUUCCUGACAGCCGAGAUGUCUGCAAUCCUGGAGCUAAAUUAUGUGCACUUCGAACUGUUUAACCAAAGUCCGGCCUUCACAUAGCAGAAGCACUUUGUGCGUGGAUUCAAUUUGGCUUAUUCUUACGACAGUUCUAACAACCUUGCGUAGCGGGGAACGAUAGCGGUUCAUAGUGUCGACUAAUAGGAACAUCGGUCAUGACCGUGGCUAGCAAAUGACUCCGCCGCCUCCUUUCAAGCCAUCCUCAAUUUUAAUUUUCGAAGCAGUUUCUCCUGCCACCGAGCGCAUUUAACGACGAAGGUACGGUCAGCUAAGAUGAUUCUGACUGGUGAGAUUUUAGGUAAACAAGCUCUGGAUUUCCGUCCAGGGAUUGCUCUGAAAGUACUUUUUCCUUAAAUGAAAUUAUGCAAAUAACGAAGAAAAGGGCGAUCAGAUAUCCGGAGAAGUUGGGACAUUUGACUGUGGUUAUGAAUUCUUGUUCGAAUUCAUUAUUAAAGGAACACAAGUAUAAAACUCACAGUUAGUUUAUGUGGAGACCUCAGCCUAAGUCUAAAGUCAUUGGUCUUUCUUCGUAGCGGAUCGUCAUGUGGACCUGGUGUUCCGGUGAGAGAUCGAUCUGACGACUAAUUGAGGUUGUAUCUGAAUGUUCAGGCUUCUGCAACUCGCGGGCCAUCUUGGACUGGUCCUCGACAAAUAGCUGCGUUCCAAUGAUGCCAGAUCACAAAAUUGUAGCUUGGAAUAAUUAAUUGCCGCGUCUCAGCACCCUUCGGUAUUCCUGUUUCUGCUGUCAAUUAAUGGUUAUAUGGCCCAUAGACUAAGAAGCUGGUCGUCAAAGUCAAUGUGGCAGAUGGCGGUUGACUGCCCGCACUGUUUUAACUGAUUUACACUUCACUUCACUCGGUGGCGGAUGGAGCGGUGUCCACCCCCAUGCAAAGACAACCAUGGUCGCGGUAGACAGAAAUUUUUGUACUUCCUAAAUCCUCUGAUGCUGAACACAACUAGCAUUUUGAAAUUCUAGUAAACUACGUUUCGAUUUCAGAGGGUAGUCUUCCUCCUCCUCCUUCUCCUCCUCCUCCUUCUUCCUCAUCAUCGUCUUCUUUUUUUCCUCUUGUUACGCAUCUUCUCCAUAUUUUGAGUUUUCUUCUGAGAUAGGAAUCUGGACUCCCAACACAUAAUCAUACAAGUGAAGUUCUUGCAGUAGAAGUCAGUUUAUCUAAAUGCUUCCUUGAAUUCCAAUCCAGUCGAGGUGCUGCAGACUUAGACUGAAGUUGGUUUUACUAGAGUCCUAAGUGCUGAUGGCUUUUUUUGGCGGCAUAAAACUUGACCCUCGCCAAGAUUGAUGAAAAUGAAAAUCAGCCCAGAACUAUUGAAGACUACAUCAUCCUUCGUUGCGGAUUACAAUCUGUGCACUAUAAAAAAACAGGAAUACCCAUAGGGGAUGUUCGCUGGUUUGACAUGAUUUUUGGACGGAAUACGAGCGAUUAUAUUUUUCGUGGAAUUUAAUCAUCUGCAGUCCACGCUUCUUAGCGACUGAACAUGUAAAAGCCAUAAUUCCGUUCGGAGAGGGUGACAACCCGCUGAGUAAGGUGGCUGUCUCGCUUAUGUUUUCUGUCGAAGUUUGCAAAACCUGAAAAGGUGCCUUUGGUUGUACAGGCGUGACUGGACUCGAAGAGAGGUUAUGAAUCGGCUUCGUAAAUUCCAUGAUCUCCUUGGCUCAGAUGAGGUCGAUACAAAGGAAGUUUUCCUCCCGUAUAGGGAGGUCACAUCCUUGAAAGCUGUCUGCGGAGGGCAGAAGGUGCAGCGAUCUGACGAGCUUUUUCGCAAGAAACCAAACCUUUUCUAGGGAACGGGAGGUUUCUUACCAUGGAUAAGGUACGGAUACCAGGCCAUUUAACUUUAUUCUGAAGGAGGUCCAAAAGUUAUGUGAGGAACAUUAGAAUUUUGUUUGGUAAGAGUCCGAAGACGUUUAUGAGCGAGGAGAACCAUCUUAUGCGCUUUUACAUUAGCCUCCGGAGGUACCACACUUUUCAAAGUGGUACCUCCUGGGACUGAAACUCAAACCCAGAAAACAACAAACUGAGUUCAACCGACCCGGAACUAGGAUAUUCUGGAUCAAUGGCGGCAAAUGACCAUUCCCUCUUCAUAAGACCUAUAAACUAGAGAGGACGUUCGCCAGAGGAGUCUCAUCAAAAGUUAGGUGAAGAAUUAGACAAAAUUAAAUCAACAUUAAAUGUACUCCGAUUUUGCUUACAGCUUUGCCCCCCCUCUCCUUUGUUGACAUAUUUGCUGAAGAAUAAGGGCCCUAAUCAUUUAACCCUGAUUACUUUUUAAUUCCAACCAGUUGACGGCCGUCAUCAAAGGGCAGCGUCCUACCUACAAAGCUAUAGGUCCAACGUGUAGCCAUGUACCUGCAGCGAAAAAUGACCUGCAAUUCGGAUCUCUUGGAGGCCUUGAAACGUACUGCUGGUCUGCGCCGCAAGGCUACCGACUGUGCGAUCCGCUAGCGCAUACCACGCGGACACCAGAAAUAGAAGCAAAUCAGCGGGCGCCGCAGACUUUGACAACUGUUUAUCCUUCCCAUAGCACCUGUGUAAACAGAUCGUUCAGAGCGGAAGCCAGUAUUGGCGAAGGGGGUUGGGAGAAGAGAGGAAGGCCUUGGCCCAGCAAAAUGUGUGAAUGAAAUAUGCGCAGACUGCGUUUACUAUGAAACGCGGCCGCCCGCAAUUAACGUGGGUGUGUUAUGCCAAAGGUACAUCGUGGUGUAAUCGUGUGGGUGUCAACAACACCAAACGGACUGCGCCACAGGUAUGUUGAACCAAAAGGGGCUCAUACUAGCACGUGUUUGUCGGGCUGCACCGAGUUUGCGCACUGCACUACCUACUGCCAUACAUGCAUGCGGCCCGCCUUAGGCGGGGGUUUUCACGCCCUGUCAUCCACUGCACCCAAUUCCAUCAACUGGCUGGCUUACAGGUUCGGACGGUCGAUUGAUGCAUGGGAGAGGGAAGAGGGAGUUGAAACGACACUGACGAAUCUAACCUGCAAGACUCGAAAAGGAGGUUUGUUUUAAAGGAGGAAAAACGGGCCAGCGGGAAAAAGGAGACGGGAGGCUUUGUGUUGUGGUCUGAGUGUGCACCUUCUCUUUUGGCGUUUUCAGAUGAGGACAGAGGAAUAAGUCCGGAUACCGUCCAGGAUCCUGUCGAUAUCGUGUCACCAAAACCACCUUCUUAAUCCCCAAGCAUCUUCUUCUCCCCUUCUAUUCCACGAGACUUGCCCGCGCAUCAGACGCUUCUUGUUCCCCCAUUUCUAUACCUCCAACACGUAAGCGAUAUAUUGUGAGAUGAUGGACUUUCUUUGAUUACUCCGAUCAUAACUGUGUGCUGAGAUAUUGUCUGCUCGUCUGAUGAAAAAAUCCCAGAUUAACCGUUCAGAAAAGGGGAAAGCGAUCCCAUCUCCAUCCUGCUCCACCAGACAGGUCGAGAUUAGUCUGGAACUAGUCCCUCCGCUGGAACAUCAGGACGGCCUGCCUACCACAAACCCCACGGCACACCAGCGCAUCCUCCCUACAGUAACUCCGCGAGCUCGAACCUAUCACGAGGAGUUAUGA